UCUAACACCUCUCCGUGCCCCCUUUCCCAUCCCCACCCCAUCCCCCCUUCCCGUUCUCGAAGCUGAGAAAAGAUAGCUUUCUUUUUCUUCCUCUCCCUCUCUCUCCAAGCCCACCGAUUCGACCGUUGAUAGAGAGGGGACGGCGGGAGCCGUGGGCGUUGGUUUACUGGGAUUGUACGAGCCUGAGAGAGAGAGAGACAGAGAGAGGAGUUCUGGAUCCACGCGGUGAUACAGGCAGUUGGGGCCGUGGAGUUGGAGGAGCAGGGAGGCUGAAGGCAAGGCCUUUGGUGGUCCCUGGCUCUUGGGUUGUAUGGAAAUGGGCUGGAAUUUACUUUUGAUGCGAGCGCUGGCGUGAAGAUUUCGUGGGAGUCUGUCAAGGCUUCCACUUUAAUCAUCUACUAAUUGGAUGCACGGUUGAGAUGGUGGUUUUAUAGGUUCAGAGCGUAAGAAGAGCUUCGAAGUUUUACACCGGAGUCUAUGCUUUCUACUCCAUUUAAUGCUAUUCUUAAGAGCAUGGAAGUUGUUUUGGGAUCUCCUAUACACAUAGAUUGAAUGAUGCUUCUUAGUCCAAAUGUCAAGAGCAUUGUGCAAUGGGGUGUUGAUUCUGUCCCUACAUUUCUUUGCUUGCGCUGCUGAAAUUGAAUUCCCCCAGUGCAACUGCGACAGCGACAGCGGUUGGAGCGUUGAGAGCAUCCUUGAAUGCCAGAAAGUUAGUGAUUUUCUGAUAGCAGCAGCAUACUUCUCCAUUCCCAUCGAGCUCUUAUACUUUGUGACAUGCUCCAACCUCUUCCCCUUCAAAUGGGUCCUAUUUCAAUUUGGUGCCUUCAUAGUCCUCUGUGGAUUGACUCACUUUCUCAACGUAUUCACCUACGAGCCGCACUCCUUCAUCCUGAUGUUGGCUCUUACCAUGUCCAAGUUCCUCACUGCUCUAGUCUCCUUCUUGACGGCUAUAACCUUGUUGACUUUGAUCCCGCAGCUUCUGAGAGUGAAGGUGAGAGAGAAUUUCUUGAGAAUAAAAGCUCACGAGCUUGACCAGGAAGUUGGGCAGAUGAAGAGGCAGGAGGAAGCGAGCUGGCAUGUACGAAUGCUGACUCAAGAGAUUAGGAAAUCACUUGACCGGCAUACCAUCUUGUAUACCACUUUGGUCGAGCUCUCGAAGACAUUGGAGCUCCAGAAUUGUGCAGUGUGGAUGCCGAAUGAGGACAACACGAGGAUAAACCUCACUCACGAGUUGAGACUGAGGAGCUCUUCAGAUGUUUACAGGCUUUCAAUUCCAUUCGAUGACCCCGACGUCAUGGAGGUUAGAAAAUCUGAGGGUGUGAAGAUACUCAGGUCAGACUCUUUGCUUGGGUCUGCAAGUAGUGGAGAAGUGGAUGAAGCGGGACCUGUGGCCGCGAUUCGGAUGCCUUUGUUAAAAGUCUCUGAUUUCAAAGGGGGAACACCACAAGUUAUUGAAACUUGCUACGCUAUAUUGGUUUUGGUUCUCCCCAGGGAUGAUUUUAGGAUUUGGAGCCCACAUGAACUUGAGAUCGUUGAAGUUGUUGCUGAUCAGGUGGCUGUUGCCCUCUCUCAUGCUGCUGUUUUGGAGGAGUCUCAGUUGAUGAGAGACAAAUUAGCAGAGCAGAACAGGGCCUUGCAUCAGGCCAAGCAGAAUGUCAUGAUGGCUAGUGAGGCAAGGAAUGCGUUCCAAAGGGUCAUGAGCCAAGGAAUGAGGAGACCUAUCCACUCCAUUCUGGGUCUGUUGUCUAUGAUGCAACAAGAAAAUUUGACUCCUGAACAAAGGCUCGUCAUUGAUACAAUGGCAAAAACAGGUAGCGUGAUUUCGACAUUGAUCAAUGACGUAAUGGAGAUCUCUACCAUAAACAGAGAGCAUUUUGCCUUGGAGAUGAGGGCGUUCCACUUGCACUCAAUGAUAAAGGAAGCUGCUAGUGUUGCAAGGUGUCUUUGCAACUUCAGGGGUUUUGGUUUCGGAGUCCAGGUUGAGAAUUUGGUGCCUGAUCGAGUUGUUGGUGAUGAGAGGCGGAUAUUUCAUGUAAUACUGCAUAUGGUCGGUAAUCUGUUAAAUGGGUGUGAUGAAGGAUAUGUGACAUUACGCAUAUGGAGUGAUAAUGAUGUGGGAGACAGGCAAGGUCAGAGAUGGGCUCCAUGGCAGUCAAAUUUUUCUAGUGGGUGUGCUUGUGUCAAGUUCGAGAUUGGGAUUAAAAGAUUGCAAAGUUUUGAUUCGAGCUCAUCUGUUCAGCUUUCCAGGAGACCCGACAGUGAGGGGUUCGAUAUGGGCCUCAGCUUCAGCAUGUGCAACAAGCUUGUGCAGCUGAUGCAGGGGAACAUCUGGGCAGUUCCAAAUUCUCAAGGACAUCCAGAAAUGAUGACACUAGUUCUUCGGUUCCAACUGCAGCCCAUUAUGCCGAACUCUGAAUUAAGAGGAUCUCCCAAGCACCAUCUACCUACUUCCUCUGUGCUUAAAGGUCUCAAAGUCUUAGUGACCGACGAUGAUGGUGUCAAUAGAGUUGUGACACAGAAGCUCCUCGAGAAAUUGGGUUGUUGUGUCUCAUCAGUUUCCUCUGGGACUCAAUGCCUGAGAUCUCUAGGCACCUCUGGGACACCUUUCCAACUUGUUAUUCUGGAAAUCUACAUGCCCGACAUGAAUGGCUUUGAGGUGGCCAAGAGAAUUCAGAAGUUCAGGAGUGGGUGCUGGCCUCUGAUUGUGGCUUUAACAGCAAGCGUUGAGGAAGAUAUGUGGGAGAAAUGUGUGCAGGUGGGAAUGAGUGGCCUGAUUCAGAAACCAGUUUUGCUACAUGUAUUAAAAGAAGAGCUCUUCAGAGUCCUUCAGAAUACAUAGAAUUAGAUGGAUCACUAUUCUUUACUGAGGUACUUAAGUUGAUUGCAGUGUGGUGCUACUGAAUUUCAUCCUUCAAAUUUGGUUCACCAGAUAUGGUGAUACUUACACUGUCCUAUACUAGAUACUUAUACCCAGAAAUUAGAUAAUGAAGUUGGAAUCAGCCAUAAAGAAAAAGAUCCUAAACUUAAAAUUGAGCAUCAAAUGCAUAUAUCUAAUCCAUUCAUUUACUGACUUUUCAUUGCAUUUCUUAAGAGGAGCAAAAAGAUGCAUUUGUCGAAUGGUUCUAUGGCAUCCAUGUCAAUGUUUUCAGUGCCCCAAGUUCUUCGUACAACAGAGGGCUCUCCACCAGGAUGACAUAGGCAGUUGACCUAUGUGAAUGCAGUUCAUCUUUAUGCUUGAGAGAUUUAGGUUCAAACACUCUAUUAGGCAUCAACUUUGAAAUCUUAUUGGUUCGUGGCUGGUUAAAACUCAGAUUUCAUAUAAGUUACUUUUAUAUCCUGGUCUCUUCACAUUAAAUAAUGAUCACUGAUCAGAGAUGAGCAGGCAUUUUCUCAUCUUUAGGAUUGAAUUGGCUUUUGGAAAUAGUGCCUCUCAUUGAUUCUGUGGUACUGUGUCACGAAAAUAGCAUCUAAUCUUACUUAUCCUUGCCCAUCAGAAUAUGGUACUCUUUCGAAACAUCCAUGGAUACUGCAUUUGAUCUUAAGCCGAAAGGCCAAGAAAGAUAUAGACCUCUAGAGGCAUCACUAAUACAAGGCUACAAUUUCUAUCGGUACUGUUCACUUUUUUGUACAGGGGUUUCAGCCAUUAGCAUCCAGUGGAUUUAAGAAGCAUUGAGCGGGUAUCCAGUAAUUGGCAAUGCAUAUUUCAGCAAAAUUGGGGCAGCUGUAGGGACAGAGAACCCAAGGAAGAGGUUGGUCUGGGAAGCAAGUGACAAUAGCAUGAUUUGGUCCUAAGUCAAUAAAACAGUCAGAUGUGGUGAUAUCCUGCGAAGGAUUCUUUCUGACAGGUUUUUCCAUUGGUUGGGAGUUGGGACAAUAAUGUUGACUGGCCUGAGUAGAACCCAUCUUGUAUAGAGCCCUCUACUGCAGGCUUGCAGUGAAGCCAUCUUUGGUGUGACUUUGGAAACACAAGCAGAAAGGAGGCUUUUCUCUUAUUUCUGCUAUUAACCUCAUUUUGUAAUCUGAAUGUCUCUUCUUCCUUUUAUCACUGUUAGGCAAGAAGAAGCAUUUUUGGCAUUAAUCUUAUAUUUGCAUGUACUUGCAUUUGAUCUAAGCUGUAACUUACGCUGAUAUACAAUAAAUGUGGUUGCCAGAAACUGGUCGAAGUGGGGG